GUCUGACGUUUAAUGGCCCCGCCUCCACCAAGCCCACCACUGACAUCACAGCCAAGCAGACCAAUGGCUCCACCCCCAGCCCGGCUCAGAGCUCGGGCUGCAGCAGCAGCGGCGGCAGUGUGAGCAACAAGGAGUACAGCCGGCAGCUCACGGCGCUCAACUGCUCGGUGCGCGACUGGAUCACCAAGCACGUGAACGACAACCCCCUGUGCGACCUCAACCCCAUCUUCAGGGAUUACGAACGCCACCUGGCCAGCAUCGAGCGCCAGUAUGGAGCCGGCUCUGCUGCAGACGCGGGCUCCGAGGAGAAGAAGAAAUCCACAGCCUCCUCUCCUCCUCCCUCCUCUUCAUCCUCGUCCUCCUCGUCCUCGGGCAGCUCGGCGGCGGCGCCCGCUCCCACAGCGUCUUUGUUCUCCUUCAGUAAAAACUCCACAGACGAGAAAAGCAGCAGCAGCAGCCCCGGCGUCACGUUUAACUUCGGUCAGAAGGUGGACAGCUCGGUGCUCGCCUCCCUAGGCUCCAAGUCGACCCCCCCCAGCUUCUCCUUCUCCUCCAGCGCCUCCUCCAGCACCUCCUCCUCUCUGUUCGGAGCGCCGGGAUCUGCUGCGGCGCUGUCCUUCAGCGGGAACAAGAGCAGCGACGCUCAGCCUGCAGACGAGAACGCCGACGAGGAGUCGGACGAGCCGCCCAAACCCGAGGUCAAAGAGGUGAGGGAGGACGACGCCUUCUACUCCAAGAAGUGUAAACUGUUCUACAAGAAGGACAACGAGUUCAAAGACAAAGGAGUCGGCACGCUGCACCUCAAAGAGAUGGAGGACGGGAAGACUCAGCUGAUCAUCCGCGCAGACACAAACCUGGGAAACAUCCUGCUGAACAUCGUCGUGCAGUCGUCCAUGCCGUGCUCUCGCGUCGGGAAGAACAACGUGAUGGUGGUGUGCGUCCCCAACCCGACCCUCGACGACAAAAACCCCUCCAGCCCCGUCCCCCUCCUCAUCAGGGUCAAGACCGCCGAGGACGCCGACGAGCUCCACAAGACGCUGGAAGAGAAGAAAGGCUGAACCCCCCUCUCACACACACACACACACACACACACCUCCCCCCCUCCUCGCUCUCAGCAGACUCCGCCCCCUGGUUCAUCCUCCGGUUUUAUCCACACACGUAAACACACUCACCUGUUCCCUCCUGGUCGAUCACGCUCCCCUCAGAUCUUCAUCAUAUCGCUCGUCAUACUGUGAAACGUUUUAUCUAGAAUCACCGUUAUUAAAAAAAAAAAAAAAAAGCAUGCCGACGUCGUCGUUGACGCUCCGACUCGGCUACAUUCCUCCGGUUGGACGCUGCUGCUGCUGUUUUUAUUGGACGAACAAAACGACGUCUCUUAAAUCUCUCUGUUUGAUUUUACUGUUUUAAUUUGGUCGUCGGGUGAAAAGAGCGAGCGCAGACGAGUUCUGACUCGUACGGUCUUCACCACUGAGUUUAAUUUUGGGGAAACCUCCGAAUAAAAAGUCGAUUUGGUUUUACAAAUGAAAUAUCUGCAGUAACCGUUAGUUUUAGUUUCUCGAGGAGUCGCCGUGUUUCUUCUUUUUGUGCUCUGGAAACUAUUUAUUGUGUGGGCGCGAUUGAAACCCCCCCCCUCACCGUGUGAAUGUUCCCCCCCUCCCGGAGAGCUUCUUACAAAAACAUCAGUGUGGAAGGUGUGACACGGACCGGCUCUUCAUUUUAAUCUUCAUUUUUCUGUCGACAUGGACUCUGUUGUUGUUUUUGUUUUUUUUCCAAGUGUCCUUUGUGUGGCCUUCGGUUCGGCCUCUCGAGGCGAGGCAUGCUGUCAUCGUCCGAGAACAUUUGUAAAGACGUGUCGGGGAAUAAAAGGAAUCAAACCACGA